AGAGCUUGCGCAAGCUUCGACCCGCCGCAGCUCCGAUCGGCGGACGUUAAAGCCGCCAGCCAUACGUUUCGAGCUUUCGUUCCGACUCGGCAGUCGACUCGCAGCCUGGCUUUCUGACCGAAGCUCACGGCGGGGUCUCUCUCUCUCUCUCUCUCUCUCUUUUUUUUCGCCUCUCGUAUAUGUACGCUGUGUGGAUGCGCGUAUCUUUUUUUAAUUUUCUACCUUCUUCUUCGCGCGGUUUCUUUUCUCUCCUGCCACCAUUCGUCUACUUCUCCUCCACCUUCAUCUCUUUCAUCUUUUCGACAGUUUCGAUUUUGUGUUAUGCGACGCGCUAAUGAUUUACGCGCUGCUUCCAGCAGGGUGCUUGUGCAAGACUGAAAUCAGACCAGCGUCUGAUAGUGGAUGCUGGCACUCCACACUUCUCGGGGAAUGAUUAAAUAAUCCCCUGUUCCCCAAACGAGAGGAGGGAUCCUCGGACGGGACACGUUCGUCGUUUUUGACCUUAUGUGUGCGCAGUCAAGAAUCGCGGAGGAAACUGUGCCAGGCGUCGACGUCGUGGUCGAUACGUGGCUGAGGAUGAUGACGACGAGGAUGAUGUAAAUUCGGCCUGGAUUCGCACCCGAGAGGAUCUUUAUGGUAUCCCGGACUGGUGGAGGAGAUCCUCGCACGAUCUAAUGAGAGAGAAGAUGGCAUACUCGAAGGAACCCGCGUGGAGGAUAUCGCGUCGGUGAUUUCGAUCGGCAACCGAGGAUCCAGAUUGAUCUUGAGGAGAGAUCUGUAGGCAGCCAGGAAGCAUGAGAGUGUUGUGGUAAAAAGAUAGUCUUCGACGGGGAAAGCAAAUGGAGAUAAGAGGAGAGAUAGCGGAGGUAUUUUGACAGCCUCGGCACUUGUCCCGGGAAUGCCUCGAAUGCCUGUACUCCUCGGUAGCUGGGGCUGGGGAUUUUUCGCCAUAUUCCUCCUGCUUCUGGCCAUCCCCAGUCCCGCUGCCAUUCGCAGAGCGGAUCGAGGCCACUGCAAUAAGACGGUGGACAUUUAUGAAGAUGUGUCGAGUCCGGCGGUGACCCCAGCGAAUUGGGGUAAACCCCUCUCGUGCUGGUACCGCUUCCGUGCCUUUCGCGGGACGCCCCGAGACUGGAUUCUGCGAGUACGCUUCAAGAAGUUUAAGGUCGGAGUGCUGGAGAACGCCACCACGUGCAGCGGCGGUUAUUUACAGAUCAUAGACGGCAACACAAAGACCGAGGUCAGCAAUCGCAAGGACCCGGGCGUUUAUUGCGGCGAGUCCGAGCAGCCGCAAACCUUCAUCAGCGAGACCAGCUUUGUACGGGUGAUCUUUCACGCGGACAACUUCACCGACCAGACGUACUUUAGCUUUGAUUCACGAGCCGAGCAACAAUUUGAGGUGUAUCUCAGAUACGGCCAGCAUCCCGAGCUCUAUCCGAAUCGCCGUGGCGAGGUCGUACCCGGCAGCUACUGCGAGCGAGUGUUCAAGGACUGUCGACUGCAGACAUGCUACGUUCAGAGCCCAGCUUACCCGGGCAUCUAUCCGCGAGCGUUGCACUGCAAGUAUCGUCUCAACACUCGACUGCCCUUCAUCAAACUCUACAUCGAGAACGAGGAGUUCAACAUCGACGGUCAGCGAUGCGAGAAUAUCAUGACGUGCCCGAUGAGACCUAUCAGUUCCGGCUCGGAGCACUGCCCCUACGAUUACAUACGUGUGUACGACGGUAAGAACGAAAGUAGUGCGGUGAUCGGCACGUUCUGCGGAAUGGGCAAGUUUCCAUACAGCAUUAUCGGCACCAGCGAGGAUCUCUACGUGGAAUUCGUGUCGUCGCCGGCCGGUCCCCUGCUCAAUACCGGCUUUCACUUUAACGUGGGCAACUGGCCAGGUCACGUGGAGACCGCCGGCGUGAAGAACGGCAGUUGUGACUGGCUGCUGAACAGCGAGUCCCUCGUCAGCGGUAACGAGGGUAUUUUCCUAUCGGUCGCGCACUGGUACCCGCCUCACACCAGCUGCACCUAUUUGCUGCGCGGCCGACCGGGCGAGAUCGCUCGCCUCUACUUCCCCAGCUUCCGAGUAAAUCGCAUCGAAUCGCCGAUUCAGCCGUACGACGGCGACUGCGGUGAGAGUCUGACCCUCUACGACGCCGACUGGCCGGACGAUGCGCGUAUCAUUAAGACCUUCUGCGACACAUUCAGCAAACCGAUGGAGAAGCACGAUUUCGUGUCGACGUCGAACGCCUUGUUUGUGCGAUUCGAGAGCAAGACUGGGAGCUACUCCGGUAGCUCGCUUUAUUACUGGGCUCAUUACGACUUCUUCAACGCUACGAGAUUCGGCGAGCCCGUAGCCGGCACCGAGUGCGACGAGAUCUUCGCCUCGUGGAAGCAGCGAUCGGGUCGCUUGCGAUCGCCCCUCAACACUCUAGUGUACAAAAGACCCGGCGAUCCGCCCGCCGAUCUAGCCUGCACCUACAGCUUUGUCACCGACAAGCGGUUGUAUGCGCGAGUGAUCCUCGUGGUCGAAUCCAUCAAUUUCAAGGAACACCCGUACGCCCAGUGUGGCCACUGUUGGGACAGUAGGGUGGACCGAGUGAUUAUCAAGGAGCCCAAUCCCGAUGGUGUGAAAGCUCACUGCCUCUGCCGUUCCAGCAACAAUGGCACUCCGACACCUACGAUCUCGCCACCUGCCUCCCGGCCACCCAUUCUUCGCAUGGUCUCUCGAGGCGAUAGAUUGGACCUGAAACUUCUCGUGGAUGGCGCUCACGCGGCUUCGAGCUACUUCAAGUGGCCCGCGCCUCUCUUCGAGGCGAGGUACGAAUUUGCGCACAGCCCUCUUUGCGGACCGGCUCUUCUGCCAGCCACCACCGACGGCGAAAUCGAGUUCCCGCACUACGAGGCUCUGGGAUACGUCACGCCACCCCGGUCGAUCAAAUGCAUUUGGGAGCUGCGGGUGAAUCGCGAGCGCGAUCUCUUCCUCCACUUCGACAAAAUCAAGUUCGCGUCGCGUUCCUGCGAGGAUGGCAAGCUCGAGAUCUUCUUGCCGGGCAACGUCGAUCCGUAUCUCGGCAUCUGCGGCGAGAACGUCAGCUAUGUCAGAGAUAUGCCGAUUAUAUCCGCGGUGCAGAUCGCACCAUCGUCAAUGGAUCAUCUGGCCCCGGGUGCGCCGACUGAUGGCGCCGACGCCGAGGAAUCUCCCGCCGUGAUCGUACAGUUCACCGGCACCAUGGCACCGGCCAGGGCGGCUUUCAAGAUCGCCUGGACCGAGCUCUAUCAUCUGCCAAGGGACGGUUCCGGAGCCCUCAACACCGGAAAGCUCGAGGAGUUUUGCGGUUUUCAGUGUCCUGGCGACUCGGGAUGUAUUCCAACGAGAUUGCUGUGUAACGGAGUGGUCAAUUGUCCACGUCGUGGACUGCCCCUACCCGGGAUCCUGAACGGCACUCUCUACGAGCCGGACGACGAAUCAGUGGAGACGUGUGGUGGACCCAUCACUGGUACUGGUGGCGGUUUUGUUGGACCCGCCGGCUGGGCCGGCGCUGGUUUGGGUGCCGGUCUGGCAAUUCUUUUGGGUCUGGCGUGUUUUAUAGCUAUGUGCAGGCUCUGCAGAAGACGAUCGCGUUCCAGAGAUAUACACGUACCCUAUUAAACGUCUCCUCUGAAUGUGAUCGAACCUCUGCGAGUAUUCGUGCACGGUCUACGGAAGAACAUAGAAGUCCAAUUCAAAGUCGUCUCUCGCAAGAAUCAAUCAUCACUUGUCUAUACAUGUACGUACAUGUUUGUGUGCGUGUUGAUGUAUAAAUGAGAGAGAAAGAGAGGUCUUUUUUCGAGAAACGACUAUAAAUAAGAGGUAUCUGGGUCGUUAAUUGUUUAGACAUUGCUCAGAUGUCUUUGGGAGCAGAU